GGGGCCGCCCGGCACCCGCCCCGCUGCCCGGCGCCGGGAGCGCCGCCGCGGAGGAAGGUAUGGAGCUCUGUGUAGUGGAGCUCCAGAGGCACUCAUCAAGAAAGCAGCCGGCCCAAGGAAGACAUCAAGGGGCCACAGUCUGACCCACCAAGUACAUGGCUUAGGGCAGUGCUAGCUGCAGUGCUGAGUGACAGCAAUGCUGUGGGAUGGCCGGUGGGGCUGCACAGUCCUAGGCGUAGAUGUGGAGAGGAUGCUGAAACAGAGAUCCCAAAGCAUCUGAAAAUGUUCUCUUCCCCGUGUCCUACAACAGAAGAGAAAGCAAGAUGAGCUGUUUCUUCAAUGCGCUCCAUAAAAACCCUGCAAAGUAGGUCACUGGCAGAGGAAGAAACAAAGCAGCAUCUCUGGAGGAGGCAGUGCCGUGGUGGUGGGCCUGGAGGUUAUCCCCACAGCUGCUGUACUUGUUGGAUGGACAACACACAGCACUGAGCUGACCGCUCCUCUGUGGCCAUGAAGCUGAAUGAGCGGAGCGUGGCCCACUACGCCACCUGUGACUCGCCCACCGACCACGCCGGCUUCCUGCGCAAGCGUGUGGAGCGGCACCACCACCAUGGUCAUCAUGGCACCUCCUACCAGCGCCGAUGGUUUGUCCUCAAAGGCAACCUCCUCUUCUACUUUGAGGAGCGGGAGAGCCGGGAGCCUAUGGGGCUGGUGGUGCUGGAGGGCUGCACCGUGGAGCUCUGCGAGGCUGCUGAGGAAUUUGCCUUUGCCAUCCGCUUUGAUGAUGCUGGUGCCAAGGCCUACGUGCUGGUGGCCGAUGGGCAAGCCGCCAUGGAGGCCUGGGUGAAGGCACUCUCACGGGCCAGCUUCGACUACAUGCGGCUGGUGGUGCGGGAGCUGGAGAAGCAGCUGGAGGAGGCCUGCACCAGCUUGGCUGCAUGCCGCAAGUCACCACGGAGGUCCUCCUCAGGCAGGAGGCGUCACCUCUCCAACCCUGCCCUGCCGCCUGUCCAGGAGAAACAGCAUGUUCUAGAGAAUGGGUACUCCACAUGGGGCAGCCCUGACCGCGAAGGGGGGCACACAAAGCCCCCACCUCUGCCUCCACGCCGACGCUCAGCUGCAGGGUCCUCAGUGCCCGCCUUGCAGGAGAGUCCGGUGUCACCAGAGACGACCUGCUUUGCCAAGCUGCACCACUGGUACGGGCAGGAGAUCGCGGCACUGAGGCAGGAAUGGCAGGAGAGGCAGAAGAGGGGACACCCAUGAGAUGGGGACACAGAGCCAGAGCAGAACGAGGCAUGCUGCUUGCCCCUUCCCGGCUGCCUCCACCCAGGAGGGCCUUUGUGCUCCCUAGGACUCUGUACCAACGGGCCUCAUCCUCUUUUCAUGGAUAUGGCCAGGCUCAGUGCCCUGCUGUCCUUACGUGGUGGAUGCUCUGGGCAUUUCAUCAUCCAGUUUGGUUUUGUUUCUCAGUGUGGAAGUUUGCACAGGUCAGCAUUUAUUAUUGUCUGUGAUGUUGCGCUGAAGCCCUUCUGCUUUUGCUCUUUGGCUGCAGAAAAGAUUGACUCUUGUGAAAUGCCUCCAAUGGGCUGCUGGCCUCAGGCUGCCUACAGCUUUAUGCCUGGUUAGCUGCACAUGAGCUUUAGGAGGACAAAGAUGCCAUGGCUUCGGCUGGCCCAGGAGCCAUGGCUCAUCAUGCCAAGUGCCCAUUUGAUCUGACCAUGCUGCUGGCACAGGCUGCUCUUCUUGGGGCUUCUGGUUGGGUGCCAGAGCUCUGCAGAGCUCCAUGAGCAGCCUCCCCAGCAGGGUGGGGAGCAGGGCAGUGUACUGAGCCACAGCACAGCUGUGUUUGCAAAUAUCAUCAUUUUUUUAACUUUCAGCUGCCCUAAUGCCUCAUCCCUGCUGUCUCCCUAGGAGUGUCCAUAAGCAAGGCUUAUGGGGAGGGCAGAAGGAAAGCUGGGCUUUGAUCUGAAUAACGGCAAGGAUCACAAGCUCCUUGAGACUUUGAGUACCUAGCUGUAGCCAAGCCUGUGCAUUCCUCUGGCUCAAGUCUUCCCUGUUAAAAAAGAGGAAUGCUAAAGGCUGCCUGCCUUCAUGGGGUGAAUUUAUCAGCCUCUGCACAGACCACAGAAGGUGCCAUAUAGGGCUCUGGCAGCUAGUCAGAUGCAGGAGACAGAGUGCAGAGCAGAGUUCGUGUGAGGUCUUUUUUGAUGUGAUCAUGCUAGUGUGUUUGAGGCACUGUGGAGAAGCUGUGCUGAGCCACACAGUUGGAGUAGAGGAAGGACAUCAGUAUGCUCCUGAGAAGCGGCUGGCCCUAGGAACACCAGAGGCAAAGGAGUGGGUUACUGUGGCUUCCGAGCCCCAUGUGCCAGCAGUGUUUGUAUUUGCCUUGCUCUAAAAGCCAUAUCAUCUCCUACCAAAGCCAGAUCUUGUCCUGCUGGGGCUUCCCUCUAGCUCUCUGUUAGAAUCAUGGGGCUGACUGCAGGAGCACAUCCCAUAUACUUGCCUGCUAGGUCAGAACCCUUAACCAAAGGCUAACGGUACAUUACACAGUGCUGAGAGCAGCAGCCCAAGGACUAGAAUCCUCUGUAGAGGUUGUUUAUAAAUAUCUUUCCUCAUCUUCUGGGCAAGGGCUGCUUUUCAAAGCAGAAAAACGCACAAAACUGCCUUGUGUUUAUCCUCUUCUCUAAUAGCAUUAAGCCUGUUUUUAUUGCCCUGUUCUGUUAAGGAGUGAUGCUAGGGAAACAGCAGGCUGUGCCAUAGCAUGACAUGGGUACCCAUUUACCUUUCUGGAGCUGAAUGAGCUCAGCCUUACACUCUGCUAAAACUGCUAGAGGUUAUCAGAGGCAAAAAUCAAAUGGCUUCCAUUAACUUUUGGUGCCUUUGAAAAUCCCUCUGGUAGUUUUGGAUGACAAUCUUCCUGCCUAGCCAUGGUGUGUUAGCAUAAAUCAGGUCUGACUUUGGGCAGUAGGAAUGUAACCUCUACAUACAAAUGGUGCAAUCCAAUAAUCUCUAGUUCAUGUCUACAUUUUUCCAUAGCAGAGAAAUUAAAGGUUGGGAGGAUUUUGUUGUUGUUUGCUUUUUAACAGAAAACAGACAUGAGAGAACAGGAGCAGAAGGGCAGGAGUGGGUCUGUGUCCCAUCAGGAGUUGUUGGGAUUCCCAACAGCAGCAUCAGGACUGGUGCUACUUCCCCAUUGUGGGUUUUUAGGGCUGGGUCAGAUGUAGAUUGCCUCUUUCUUCUUUUUUAAUGCAAUAGAGAGAGAAUCUUCCUGAUGUCUCAGAGUCAUAUAAGGCAGUUUGAUGGCAAAGAUUGACUUUCCAAAAUAAAAUGUACUGGGAGUCCCUACAUGAGACUCAAGAAUCAGGAGAGACUUGAAGGAGAAAAUAAAUUAACAAAGCCAGUUCAGUCA